GGCCCUGCUUCUUGUCUCCGCCCCCGCUCCCGCCGUGCUGCCCAAUCUUUCUUCUCUCUCGACAACUCUCUUCAAGCAAAGCCGAUUGUACAACUCAUGCUAAAUCAGUACUUGAAAAGCCUCUAUUUCAGCAUAUACUAGUUGGGUCCUUGAUGGAAGAUAAUUUGAUCAAUGCUAUAGUAAUGGAUCUUGAUUUGAACCACGAACCUAUGGAGUCGUCAGCUUUAGGAUUAGGGUCUUUGUCCAAUACUAGGAUAGAACAAAGAAUUCUUCACCUUGAGGCUGUUGCAGCUAGGUGGCGUCAGGUUCAUAAUUCUGCUCCUGAUACAGCUCAUAAUUCUGCUAAUGAGCCUCCUAAUUCUGCUGCUAAUGAGGCUCCUAAUUCUGCUGCUGAUACGGGUCAUAAUUCUGUUCAACAUCACAAUUGUCUAGGCAAGGGAAAAGGAUGCAAAAGAGAUAGAUCCCAUUUAGUAGCAAAGGCAUUGGAGAUGGAUGUAGUGGUUAAGAAAGUUGAUAAGAAUGGUCCAAGUUUCUUUGACUGUAAUAUAUGUUUGGAUAUUGCAAAAGAACCUAUUUUGACUUGUUGUGGCCAUUUAUAUUGCUGGUCAUGCUUUUAUAACUUACCUUAUGUUGAUUCAACUACAAAAGAGUGUCCUGAGUGCAAGGGAGAGGUCACAGAUGCAAAUAUUACUCCAAUUUAUGGCAAUGCCCACAGUUACUGCUCCAAACAAGUCCACUCUGCUUUCGAAUUACCACCAAGGCCAAAAGCAAAUAGAGUCGAGAGUGUUAGACAGCAGCGUGUCACUCGGGGAUUGUCUCAUAUCCCAGUUGCAGAAGCACUUAGGCGAAUUAGGAAUAGUAUUGGAUUGGGCGAUCACCCACAGCAACUGGACACUGGUGGCGUUAGUUCAACUUCUCUGAACGGCUCUCAGGAGUUGCAAAAUACUGAGGCCACUGGCAGCCAGCGACCACGCUCCCGAGUGUUUUCGAGGGUAUUAUCAGAGGGUGCGGCUUCUCUUUCAUCGGAAUUAGAAAAUGUACAGAGGCUGUUUGAGGACAUUACAGCGUCAAUUACAGAUCGCAUUCAUGAAAGAACCAAUUUACAAGUUUCACCAAUUGGUCAUGUUGUAGCUGAUGAAGGUAAUUCUCUCAGAAGAGACGCUGCUAUCAUACAAUCAGAGCAUCAGACUCUGGAUUCAAUUGCAGAAGCAAGCUCUGUUGUAUCUCUUCCUUCCUCUUCUCAAUCAAAUGAAGUUUCUGAUGCGGCGCUUCAGUUGGAAAAUCUGACAACUGAUACUGCAAACCUGCCUGUCAUUCUAUCUCCAUAUUCCAGGAGGAGAAGUGGUUUCUCAAGGCUUUCAGAUUUAGAUAGCGAAAUUCUUCCUGAAACAAGAAGAAGAUUUAGCUGAUGCAUUUGAAUGAUCAAGGUAUAAGUUUUCUGUUAUUUUACCUAAAGAAGUAAUACAUUUCAUGUUAUCAUGUUCAUCAAACGUGAGGAAUUGUCACUCUAAUUAAAUAGCUUACGUAGACACUAUUCUCGAAUGUGGUCAAGCAAGUGGUGUUGCCCUUGUUGGAAGUGAUAAUCUAGCUCAGAGAUUUACCAUGGUGGAGAAAAUUUUUGAUGAUAAGCUUUUUGAAAAAGAUGUAGCUGCUGAGAUUGUGGCAUCUUGGGUGUACAGUAGAUAGUAGGUACUUUUCUUAGGAAGCAAUGUUAUCCCCAUUGCUUUUUUAUACAUUUUGUGACAGUUCCUGGUGGUUUAAUGACAGUUUUCGAUUACGUAAA